AUCGAUAUGUGAAACGAAAAACGCCAGAACCGCCGCGAAAAUGUGAAUUUCACAAUAUUUUUUAAGUUACCAUUGUAAACAAACGAGAUUAUAAUCAAAAGGCGAAGAAAUUAAAUCAAAACAAAACAAACUAAGUGUGAAACAAUAAAACUUUGCGUAGACAGCUAAAAACAAGAGUAGAACAGCCAAAAACUGCGCAGUAAAAAUCAAUAACUGUAAGUGGCACACAGACACAAAGCAGAACACACGCACACAGAGGCAAUCACAUGUAAGGCAGCCCAGGCUGUGAGCAACAAGCAAACCACACCAAACGAUGUCAGACGAAGAAGACGAGUCCCUGUCCGAGGGCUUUUCAGCCAGCACCGAAGACGAGUGGAAGCCAGAGGCUGGAAAAGAUGCACGCGGUGGCGAAUCAUCCGAUGACGAUGACAGCGAGUUUGAGGAGCUGCCUGGAGCGGCGGGUGGUAGUGCCACAGCCAGUGGACGUUCAUCGGCAGGGGCAGGCAAAAAAAGAGAACAAAAAGCUCCAAGUGGUAUUAAAGGCGCAUCUGUGCGUAAACGCAAACCCAGUGGUCAAUCAUUGCGCUCCAAGCUAUAUAACAAAUAUCGACCGCCGCCCAAAACUUUUGGCACAUCAUCUCCCACACAGAAUUCGCCAUCAGCGUCGGGAUCGUCGGCAGGUCGUCUAACGGCCUCAAAAAACGCAAAAACGCCCAAUGAAAGCAACCAUGGUGACUCCAGCAGCGACUGCAGUGUCGAUGACUAUUUAGUGAAUCCAGCAGAUCUGGAUUUACGCUCUAGUUUCUUUACAGUCAGCAAAGAAAAAUCGCCAGUGCCACAAUUUGAUUGCAAUGCAGGCCUUGGCAAUCUUACGGACUCUGGCUCUGAGGACAACAACGAGAGCAGCAUUGAGGAGAAUGCCGGCAAUGCCGAUGCAUUCGACUUUCGUACGCUACUCGAGAAUGCCAACAGUCUAGAGCGCACUAGAGAUGCACUGCUGGCCAAGUGCAAUGCCACCAGCACUACACCUGCCACCAGCACCGGUAACGCUGCCAAUAUGGAUGUCAAUGCAUUGCUUGCAUUGGGCGAAAAUCAAAACUACGCAGAUGAGCAAGAGAAUGAAAGGCAGAAGGUUAAAGCACCUGAGCCGCCAGCGUUCGAUGGUCCGUCGCGUCUAAGCAAAACCAAAUCCACACGCAUCAAGCGUCACACAAAGACACGUCCAACGUCCACCGUUGUGGCUGCUGGCGAUACCGAUGAUUCGGACUUUGAGGAAGUUGCAGACGCGCAGCUGAGCAGCGACGAGGAGCUUGCCACACCAAAUGUUUCAGGCGACCUGGAAAUACACGUGGAUCUGCCCGGACGUCAUUUAACCAAGGAGCAGAAGACACAGCAUGAGCUGGAAAUGGCGCUCAAGCGCCGCAUGAAUCGCGACAUUAAAGAGCGACAACUGCUGAUGCAUAAAGCGAGCCUAAUGUGCAUCUUGGCUCGCAGCAUGAAGUACAAUCGCCUGCUGGCCGACACGCAACUCAUGCAGGCGACGCUUAAGCUGCUGCCCAGCAAGAAUGCUUACCCAACGGAGCGCGGUGUGGAGCUCAAGUAUUUGCAGUCAUUUGUCACUUGGUUCAAGACUGCCAUCAAGCUGCUAAGCAGCAAUUUGUAUCCACCACAAACCAAAGCGAACUCCAAGCGCGCGUUGCUGGCGGAGCUUCUUGCUCAGGUGCAACGCAAGGAGGCACGCAGCAAGCAGGAUAUGAUAUUCAUAUUCAUUGCACUAGCGCGUGCCAUGGGCAUGAAUUGCCGUCUAAUUGUUAAUAUGCAGCCCAUGGCUUUGCGUCCUCAGGCCUGCAAUCUUAUACCAAUUAAACUCAAACCAGAUGAGCGAAAUAAGAGCCAAAGCAGCAAAAGUGUAGGCGAGGAGGAUGAGAGUGAGUCGGAGAGCAAAGCUAAAAAGCCGCGCUCCAAAGCUGUCAGCAGCAAGAGCGAUACAAGUGGCAGCUCCAGAAGUAAAGCAACAGCCACAAGCAAGAGCGAUACGAGUGGCAGCUCCAGAAGUAAAGCAACUGUUAGCAGCAAGAGUGAUACGAGUGGCAGCUCUAAGAGUAAAGCAACUGCCACAAGCAAGAGCGAUACGAGUGGCAGCUCCAGAAGUAAAGCAACUGCCACAAGCAAGAGCGAUACGAGUAGCAGUUCCAAUAGUAAAGCAGCAUCCAGCAGCAAAAGCGAUACGAGUGGCAGCUCCAAAAGCAAAACAACUGCCGUCAAGAAAGAGAAUGCAAAAGUCUCACCCAAAACUGAGCCGAAAUGCUCGCCUACGUCCAAGAUAUCAGCUACACCGAUAGCCAAACGCACGCGCUUAGCAUCUGCAGAUGCUGAGACAAAUGUCAAGCAGAGCAGCUCCAAAGCUGAAGUCAAAACCGAAGCCAAGCCGCAGCUGGCGCGACUGAAGCGCGCUGUGGCAACCGCACCAAAGCCUGAGAGCAGCACGCCUGUGGCUAAGCGAACGCGCAAGGCAUCGUCAGAUGUUGUUAAAAAGGAAGAAUAUGCUGAGAAAAUAGGUUCACCCGUUAUACCCAAGCUAGUGGUUACCAAUGCGCAGACACAGAACAUUAAAUCGAGUAAUGAGCAGCGUCGUUCACGCAGCAAAUCACCAAAAGUGCACAUCUCACCAGUAUUUUUAAGAGGCGACAGUAUAUCGCCAGUAGCUACCGAUAAGCGCCAAGCCACAGCACGCAGAAGUUUGGAGCAAAAGGCGCGCAUUUCACCCACAUUUCUAAAGGAAGCAGCAGCGACAACACAACGACAGCUGCGAACGCGUGCGGCAACUAAGUUAAGCAUACCACAGCUAGACGGCGGCGAUGAUAGUCUGAAGCGUCCCAAGCUAGAGAAGCUGCAAAAGUCGCAGAGCAAAGGCAGCGAUGACACCGAUGAGAGCACGCCCAGCAAACAAAUUAAAAAGGCGCCCGUGCUGCCCAAGCUGCAGCAGCUGCGCCACGACAGACGCGUGCUGUCCACAGACGAUGAGUGUGUCAAGGAUAAGAAAAAGACAACUGCAUCGGAUAUGUGGGUGGAGUUGUGGUCCGAGGUGGAAGAGCAAUGGAUAUGCAUAGAUCUGUUCAAGGGCAAACUGCACUGCGUGGAUACGAUUCGGCGCAAUGCGUCCUCCAAUCUUGCCUAUGUAUUUGCUUUUCAAGAUGAUCAAAGCAUUAAGGAUGUUACCGCUCGCUACUGUACCACUUGGACGAGCACAGUGCGUAAGGCGCGCGUGGAGAAAGCUUGGCUGGAUGAGACCAUUGCGCCCUAUUUGGGCAGACGCACCAAGCGUGAUAUCAACGAGGAUGAUCAGCUGCGUCGCAUACACUCGGACAAACCCUUGCCCAAGUCUAUAGCCGAGUUUAAGGAUCAUCCGCUGUACGUGCUCGAACGACAUUUGCUCAAAUUCCAGGGCAUUUAUCCGCCCGAUGCACCCACGCUAGGUUUCAUACGAAGUGAAGCCAUCUAUGCACGCGACUGUGUGCAUCUGUUGCAUUCCAGAGAUAUUUGGCUUAAGAGCGCGCGCGUCGUCAAGCUGGGCGAGCAGCCCUACAAAAUAGUCAAGGCGCGUCCGAAGUGGGAUAAGCUUACACGCACAGUUAUUAAGGAUCAGCCGCUAGAAAUCUUUGGCUAUUGGCAAACACAGGACUAUGAACCGCCCACAGCUGAGAAUGGUUUGGUGCCACGCAAUGCCUAUGGCAAUGUGGAGCUGUUUAAGGCUCGCAUGUUGCCCAAGAAGACUGUGCACUUGCGCUUGCCUGGUUUAAUGCGUGUCUGCAAAAAGUUAAACAUUGACUGCGCCAAUGCCGUCGUGGGUUUUGACUUUCAUCAAGGCGCCUGUCAUCCUAUGUACGAUGGUUUCAUAGUCUGUGAGGAGUUUCAAGAGAUUGUAACCGCCGCCUGGGAGGAGGAUCAACAGGAGCAAGCACGCAAAGAGCAGGAAAAGUACGAAACGCGCGUCUAUGGCAAUUGGAAAAAGUUAAUUAAGGGUUUGCUCAUACGCGAGCGUCUUAAGCGCAAAUACAAUUUUUGAAUGUUUUUUUUUUUGUCCACAUUUCAUUUAAUUCAUGUAAACUUUACUGUCCAGCAUGCAAGCUGGCUACGUCCAUGCUCUAAUUUCUUUGGAAAUUGUCCGAUUAUGUCUUAAUUUUGUCACUUUUCUGUAUGCAUUUAUUUAGCGCUUGUUUAAAAGUUCGUUUCACACAAUAAAUUAAGUACAUAACAUACAAAAAAUGUUUUUUUUUUCAAUAGAACAAUACAUUUAGAUUUAUAAUAAUACCGCAACGGUUACAGUUUAAGCUUAAGUAAAUAAGAAGUAUUUUUUGGUUAUUUUUUGAACAGCGACUGUAUUAAAAGCUGCAGAAAUCACAAAGUUUUUAAA